AAACUAGAUAGCUACAUUUGUCCACUUAAUUGGGCAAAUAUAAAUUGUAAUAUACUGAAAGUAAAUGAAUGAGGGCUUCACUGUCAGCCUGUUGUGGAGUUUUUCACCCUCCCUCAGAACACCUAUGUAUGCGCAGUAUGAUAUUAUCUAACAUACCACUCAGUCCUUUCCUGAAAAUAUAUGAUAUUUAUAAUAAAGCUAAGUUUAUCUAUGGGCAAGAUAAAUAAUAUAGUUGUAAUAUUUUCUUCCACAUCCUAUUGGAUUAUUGUUGUGCAUACUCUGAAGAGUCAAAUAACUGAAAAUACUGGAUUCUGUGUGAAGUUGUGAGACGUUGAGAAGAAGUUGGGCUGAAUUGUGUCAUUGUAGCAACCACCAGUGACUCAUUAUGGCAUUUAAAAAAUUGUAAAUGUUGUGGAUUAGGGAUUGUGAAAGGGCUUUAAAAGAUACAUUUCAGCUUGACCUCUUAAUGUUAACACUAUAAUUUCUUUUGUCAAUAGAAACCUGAUUCAAUGAAUUCUGUUUUGCUGAAGUAACCUAAUGGUAAAUCUGUAAAGGUAUAGAAGUUGACUGUCAAGUGUGUGUUAAAUUGUUAUUGAUCAUAGUUAUAAACAUUGUGCUAUGUUACCACAGCUGUUUGAGAUGGAGAACGUUUUUACUGUAUCAUCAGAUCCUCAUCCCCCUCCUGCAGCCCCUCCUUCACUUUCUUUACCUUUAUCUUCAUCUUCUACCUCAUCUGGGACUAAAAAACAAAAGAGGACCCCCACGUAUCAGAGAUCUAUGAGCUUUGAUCCAAACCUUCUCCAUAACAAUGGACACAAUGGGUACCCCAAUGGUACUUCAGCAGCACUGCGUGAAACUGGGGUUAUUGAAAAACUGCUAACCUCUUAUGGAUUUAUUCAGUGUUCAGAACGUCAAGCUAGACUUUUCUUCCACUGUUCACAGUAUAAUGGCAACCUGCAGGACUUAAAAGUAGGAGAUGAUGUUGAAUUCGAAGUAUCAUCUGACCGGCGGACUGGGAAACCCAUUGCUGUUAAACUGGUGAAGAUAAAACCAGAAAUCCUCCCUGAAGAACGAAUGAAUGGACAAGUUGUGUGCGCUGUUCCUCACAACUUAGAGAGUAAAUCUCCAGCUGCCCCGGGUCAGAGUCCAACAGGGAGUGUAUGCUACGAACGUAAUGGGGAAGUGUUUUAUCUGACUUACACCCCUGAAGAUGUCGAAGGGAACGUUCAGCUGGAAACCGGAGAUAAAAUAAACUUUGUAAUUGAUAACAAUAAACAUACUGGUGCUGUAAGUGCUCGUAACAUUAUGCUGUUGAAAAAGAAGCAAGCCCGCUGUCAGGGAGUAGUUUGUGCCAUGAAGGAGGCGUUUGGCUUUAUUGAAAGAGGUGAUAUCGUAAAAGAGAUAUUCUUUCACUAUAGUGAAUUUAAGGGUGACUUAGAAACCUUACAGCCUGGAGAUGACGUGGAAUUCACAAUCAAGGACAGAAAUGGUAAAGAAGUUGCAACAGAUGUCAGACUAUUGCCUCAAGGAACAGUCAUUUUUGAAGAUAUCAGCAUUGAACAUUUUGAAGGAACUGUAACCAAAGUAAUCCCAAAAGUACCCAGUAAAAACCAGAAUGACCCAUUGCCAGGACGCAUCAAAGUUGAUUUUGUGAUUCCUAAAGAGCUUCCCUUUGGAGACAAAGAUACAAAAUCCAAGGUGACCCUGCUGGAAGGCGACCAUGUUAGGUUUAAUAUUUCAACAGACCGACGUGACAAAUUAGAACGAGCAACCAACAUAGAAGUUCUAUCAAAUACGUUUCAGUUCACUAAUGAAGCCAGAGAGAUGGGUGUAAUUGCUGCCAUGAGAGAUGGAUUUGGUUUCAUCAAGUGUGUGGAUCGUGACGCUCGUAUGUUCUUCCACUUCAGUGAAAUUCUGGAUGGGAAUCAGCUCCAUAUUGCGGAUGAAGUAGAGUUUACUGUGGUUCCUGAUAUGCUCUCUGCCCAAAGAAAUCACGCUAUUAGGAUUAAAAAGCUUCCCAAGGGCACGGUUUCGUUCCAUUCCCAUUCAGAUCAUCGUUUUCUGGGCACUGUAGAAAAAGAAGCCACUUUCUCUAAUCCUAAAACCACUAGCCCAAAUAAAGGCAAAGAAAAGGAGGCUGAGGAUGGUGUUAUUGCCUAUGAUGAUUGUGGGGUGAAAUUGACUAUUGCUUUUCAAGCCAAGGAUGUGGAAGGAUCUACUUCUCCUCAAAUAGGAGAUAAGGUUGAAUUUAGUAUUAGUGACAAACAGAGGCCUGGACAGCAGAUUGCAACUUGUGUUCGACUUUUAGGUCGUAAUUCCAACUCCAAGAGGCUCUUGGGUUAUGUGGCAACUCUGAAGGAUAAUUUUGGAUUUAUUGAAACAGCUAAUCAUGAUAAGGAAAUCUUUUUCCAUUACAGUGAGUUCUCUGGUGAUGUCGAUAGCUUGGAACUGGGGGACAUGGUCGAGUAUAGCUUGUCCAAAGGCAAAGGCAACAAAGUCAGUGCAGAAAAAGUGAACAAAACACACUCAGUGAAUGGCAUUACUGAGGAAGCUGAUCCCACCAUCUACUCUGGUAAAGUCAUUCGCCCCUUGAGGAGUGUUGAUCCAACACAGACUGAGUACCAAGGAAUGAUUGAGAUUGUGGAGGAAGGGGAUAUGAAAGGUGAAGUCUAUCCAUUUGGCAUAGUUGGGAUGGCCAACAAAGGAGAUUGCCUGCAGAAAGGGGAAAGUGUCAAGUUCCAGUUGUGUGUUCUGGGCCAAAAUGCACAGACUAUGGCCUAUAACAUCACACCCCUGCGUAGGGCCACAGUGGAGUGUGUGAAAGAUCAGUUUGGCUUCAUUAACUAUGAAGUAGGAGAUAGCAAGAAGCUCUUCUUCCAUGUGAAAGAAGUUCAAGAUGGCAUUGAGCUACAGGCUGGAGAUGAGGUGGAAUUCUCAGUGAUUCUUAAUCAGCGCACUGGCAAGUGCAGUGCUUGUAAUGUUUGGCGAGUCUGUGAGGGCCCCAAGGCUGUUGCAGCUCCACGACCUGAUAGGUUGGUCAAUCGCUUGAAGAACAUCACCCUGGAUGAUGCCAGUGCUCCUCGCCUAAUGGUUCUUCGUCAGCCAAGGGGACCAGAUAACUCAAUGGGAUUUGGUGCAGAAAGAAAGAUUCGUCAAGCUGGUGUCAUUGACUAACCACAUCCACAAAGCACAUCAUUAAUCCACUAUGAUCAAGUUGGGGGGAUUCUGGUGAAGGGUUCUGAAUAUCCUCCUCUUCAUCCCUCCCAAAAUCUGGAAUACUUAUUCUAUUGAGCUAUUACACCAGUUUUAACACCUUCCUCGUGUUAUGUUUAAAAAAAAUAAAUAAAUUUAAGAAACCAUUUUAAAAUUAUGCACAGUUGCAGCCUGGAAAACUUAAGGUGGCGCCUUAUAGUAUCAAUCUUAGGAGCUUUAUUUGGUGCAUUUAACGCAACUGGUAAUUGCAAAAUCCACUUCGCCUGUGUAAGUGAAAAAUAUAGACUGUUAUCUCGUUGGCCCUAUGAAAUUCUGCACUUGGUAUUUAGCAUAUACUCUACCUUCAUUACUAUCUGGCAAGAUGUUCUGCCUUAGCACUCAGUUGCAUUCUUUUCCUUUUCUUUCCUGUUCAUUAUGCUUUAAUUCUGAGGACCAUAUGAGGGUAGAAUAUAUUAAAAAUUACAAAAAUUAUAAAAAUUUGUAUAGGCAAACCAUUUCCUUAAGUUGAUGGCCAAAUGUUAAAAUGUUAUUUUUCAUAUCAUUUAUAAUCUUGUCACAGUCCACUUAACGAAGUUUGGUUAGAUUUCAGUGAAAAUUAUCUUCCAGAGUAGUUUUUUUUUGUUUUUUUUUUUCUCCUGGGAUUAGGGAGGGGGGUAACUUUACUGCAAUUAGUAUGUAUGGUGCAGAAUUUCAUGCAAAUGAGGUGUGCCAGCAGUGUGGUAAUUUAAUCGUAUUUAAACAAAAACAAAAAAAAAAACGAAUGCACAAACUUGCUGCUGCUUAGAUCACUGCAGCUUCUAGGACCCAGUUUCUUUUACUGAUUUAAAAACAAAACAAAACAAAAAAAUAAAAAAAGUUGUGCCUGAAAUGAAUCUUGUUUUUUUUAUAAGUAGCCGCCUGGUUCUUGUGUCCUGUGAAAUACAGGCACUUGACCCUUGGUGUAGCUUCUGUUCGACUUUAUAUCACGGGAAUGGAUUGGUCUGAUUUCUUGGCCCUCAUCUUGAAUUGGCCACAUCCAGGGUCCCUGGCCAGUGGACUGAAGGCUUUGUCUAAGAGGACAAGGGCAGCUCAGGGGAUGUGGGGGAGGGCGCUUUUAUCUUCCCCGUUGUCGUUUGAGGUUUUGAUCUUCUCUGGGUAAAGAGGCCGUUUAUCUUUGUAAACACAAAACAUUUUUGCUUUCUCCAGUUUUCUGUUAAUGGCGAAAGAAUGGAAGCGAAUAAAGUUUUACUGAUUUUUGA